UCUCUUUCAGAGGGUGAUCUAGGAUCAUCGUUCAAAACAGACGAAAUCGUUGACAGGAAAAACUUUUAUGUAGUGAGGUUAACCGAAAUUUACAUUCCUAGAAGUCCUUAAGGAUACACUGUGAGAUAGCUGGUGGUGGACAUGGCACUUUUGUGCUGCGAUGAAGGCGUCACCGGUCAAAUACGUUUGCUACUUCAGGACCCGGGUAGCCGUAUUGAUUUCCUCUACGACAGGAAUAGCAUGCACUCAACAAUCUUGCGACACUCACAAUCGACAACACCAAUCUAUAAAACGGAUAAAUGAAUACUACGCAUGCUACACUACCAAAUACCAUUCAAUAAAACAACCACAUGAUUGAUACUCAAUCUGCCAAAAACCAUUGGAAACUUUUAUUCCUAUUGCACACUUCAAAGUACCUCAAGGUCAGCUGGCAGCCCAUAGUCUUUUACAAUCAAUCAAUCCAUAACACAAUCCUUACAAUACCAACUAUGAUAUCAAAGCACUUCAACGCUUAAAACGAGUGUAAUCAAACUACCAUUAAAAUGCGCUCCACGCAUUCAAACACUCAAACCAAAAGUCUGAACAAACCACCUACAAAUGGAACUCAAGGAUUCAAACAUUCAAUAAGAUUCUGCGCACUAGCCUACCAUCAAAAGGAACGGUCAUUCAAACAUUCAGAUAAGAGUCAGAACUACCACAAAAAGAAUCACACACUCUGUUGUGAGUCUUAGUCAUUCAAACAAACUUCAAUCAUCAAAAAUUGCAAACUAUCAAAUUGUGGCCAUUACCAAAGGCAACAAGACCAUAAUCAAAUUGGGCAUAUCGAAGCGUCCUUCAUUUCAUUUCA